AUGGAAGAAGAGCUCAACAAUCAGCUGGCCUUCCUUGACGUGCAAGUGAGAAAGCUGGAGGACGGGAAGAUAAAGACGACGGUCUACCGCAAGUCAACUAACACCAGGCGAAUCCUCCACUUCAGGAGCAACCACCCCGUUGGUCACAAACGCAGUUGUGUCAGGACCCUCUUCCAACGCGUUGAAACACACUGCAGCGACGAAAAUGGGAGGAAGGAGGAGAUUAAGUACUUGCACGCCCUACUUAAAGCCAACGGUUAUCCCAAGUCCUUCAUACGCAAGUGUCUUAGGAAGCCCCACCCUGAGCGGUCGGACGGAGAAAACCCGAAAUUUUGGCUCGCAAUCCCUAAUGUGAAAAACAUGUCAGAGGCGACGGCAAGAAUCCUGAAGCCUUUCGGGAUCGGAGUGGCUCACAAGCCAGAGUCAACAAUCAGACAGCAAAUAAUGAGGCCCAAAGGCCCGCUACCGGUGACAGAACAAUCAGCGGUGGUCUACAGCAUACCAUGCCAGAACUGUGAUGCAAGGUAUGUUGGUGAAACGGGCAAACGUCUUGGCACAAAAUUGCAUGAGCACCAGCUUGCAAGCAACUGCAAGGACAAGCUGUCAAUGGUUUAUGGCCACGUCAAACAGCAGAACCACAAUUUCGCCUUUGAAAAGGCAAGGGUAAUCGGCCGAGCCAAUGAUAAGAUGGCCAGACUGGUGCUCGAAAGUUGGUUCUCGACUGGCACAUUCCAUAGAGCCAUAGAUCUGCAUCCCGCCUAUCAGGCACUACGCACAAGGCUCGAGUCAGUGCGGACAAGGCCAUCAGGACAGUCGAGCAAAGUGACGCGUGGUCGACAGCCGAUGUCAGCAGAAAGUGGGAGAGAAGCUGGCCGGGGGUCAUGUGACCAGCAUGGGACGCCACCUCGCCGCGACGCCCACGAGGCUGAGAUCAACUCACAUGAGCCCCAACAACUGAUCAGUCCGUUGAGUGACGAGGGGGAGGCCGUCAAGCAUGCUGGCUCGCCAACAACUACUACGGCCAAAAAGGGGUCAUUAGGGGCAGGAGCCCACCGGCGGUCAAUCGUGGAGAGGUCGACGCUAAUCGGCGGCAAACGGGCAGGUCAGAGUUCGUGCCUCGCGCACGGAUAUAAUACCAGGCAGGUAUCGAGGCUGAUGCAAUCAAGACCAGCAGGAACUGUCAGCACAUUACUCUGA